AUGGCAGGAGAUAAAAAGACAGUCCAUCCGGCGUUUGCUAUUAACAACAUCAAAACCCUAAUCCCUAUUAUCCUAGACAUCAAACAGGAUGAAUACUCAUCUUGGGUUUUUCUGUUUGAACUCCAUCUUCAGGCUCAUCGCCUUAUUUUUAUCAUCAAUGGAGACAAACCCCCACCAGAUGUUGGCGCCGACACCGUGCUCCAACUUGACGUUCUCUGUCGUCAAUGGAUGUUCUCCACCAUGGCCAAGGAUUUAAUGCUCACCGUCCUAAAAUCUGGCAAAACUGCUAAAGAGAUUUGGAAUCAUCUCAAGAAACUCUUUCAAGACAACAAAGGUAACGCGCUGCGACUCUUGAAUCUUAAAUCCCUAUCCGAUCGAUUACUUGAUCUUGACUUUCCCAUGGAUGAUAAACGACUGGUGAUUCAACUUGUCAACGGCCUUCCGGAGGAAUACAACACAGUAGCCUCUUUUAUCCAACAAUCAAUGCCGACGUUUGAUGCCGCUCGAUCCCAGAUGCGUACCGAAGAGAUUCGCCGCUCCCAACAGCAAUCUCAGUCUGCACCUACUGCUCUUGCCGCUGCAGCUCCACCCUCAGACCGCAGCAACCAGUGCUCACAGCGCGGUGGUCAUGCCAGACGCGGUGGCCAUCGCUCCUUUGCUCCAUCCACAGAACCUCCCCUGCUGCCAACGCCACCGUACCCCUACCAGCUCUACGGUGCACCCCAUCCAACGUACAACAUCCACUGUCCACCACAAUGGGCAGUGCCACCUUGUCCGUACCCUACAACACCUCCGGAAACACCUUGGCAGCCACCUCCCAGCCGCGGUUCCUUCCAUGGCCGUGGCCGUAAUGGUCAGUCACGCGGCCGAACCUCUGGAGUUGGACGUGCACAGGCAUAUCUAACUCCAUCCACGGAAUAUCUUCAACCCAGUGACAUUGCCGAAGCGUACAUCUCCAUGAGUUUAUACUCACCUGACGACGCUUUCUAA